GGAGGAAGAGGAGGAGGUGACACCAGCAGAGGCUGCAGAGAUGCUAACAGCUCAGACACACAAACACACUCUGGCAGGAGCUAACUGCUAACACACGCAGAGAGAGACAGACACACACACACAGGCAGAGAGACAGACAGACACACACACACACAGGCAGACAGGUAAAGGCAGGCUGAAGCUGGCAGCACACACACUUUGUGUGAACUAGCUGCUGUUAGCAUGCUGUGGAGAGAAGGCUAAUCUACUGACACACACACACACACACGCAAAGCAAUGCAGUGUCCAGGGCUUUCAAUUGGACGGUGCAGAUGUAGUCAAACCUCAGAUUGACAAACACUUGAGUGGGGGGCGGAGCCUGCAGGUGGUGAUGUCAAAGCGAGGAGCAGGAGGGCGGGGUAAGGGGGAGCGACUGGACACCAUGGCAACUCUUCAAGCAGCCAAUGAGGAGCUCAGAGCAAAACUGACAGAGAUCCAGAUCGAACUACAACAGGAAAAGAACAAGGUGAGCCGACUGGAGAGGGAGAAAAGUCAGGAGCUGAAGGCAGAGCAUCACCGGGCGGCGGUUGCUGUGACUGAGCUGAGGACCAAACUCCACGAGGAGAAGCAGAAGGAGCUUGCACUCACCCGGGAGACGUUACUACGGCAACAUGAGAUGGAGCUCAUGAGGGUCAUAAAGAUCAAAGAUGGUGAAAUCCAACGUCUUAAUGGACUGGUGCUCACCUUAAGGGAUGGAUCCACAGACAAGGUGAGGAGCGCCCUGCUGGGGGAAGUGGAGGAGGCGAGAAGGAGCUGGGAGGCGGAGCGUUGUCGCUUCCAACACGAGAUUCUUGAGCUGAGAGGAGCAAAGAGGAAUGCUGAGGAGGCGCUGACAUCGGCUCAGCAGGCCUGCCAGGCCAGAGCAGCCGAGCUGCGAUCAGCUCAUCAUCAACACCAAGAGGAGCUUAACAGGACCAAGAGAGACUGUGAGAGAGAGAUUCGCCGCCUGAUGGAUGAGAUAAAGCUGAAGGACAGAGCUGUCAGUGUUUUGGACAAAGCCCUCGGUCUGCAGGCUGGACACGCCCACCGCCUCCAGCUGCAGACUCAGGCUGCUGAACAGCAAAUUGCAGCCCUGAGAGAUGCACAGAGGGCGGGGCUAAACCACCCCACUCUUAACCCUAACCCCAACAACGCUCCUCACAUUUCUCAGGAGGAUCGUGACACUCGGAGGUUUCAGCUGAAGAUAGCUGAGCUCAGUGCCGUCGUCAGGAAGUUAGAGGAUAGAAAUGCUCUACUGUCAGAAGAACGCAACGAAUUGUUGAAGCGCCUGAGAGAGGCCGAGAGUCAGUUUCUUCCUCUUCUGGACAAGAACAAGCGUCUGAGCCGUAAAAACGAAGAGCUGGCUCUAGCGCUGCGUCGACUCGAUAACAAGCUUCGCUUCGUCACCCAGGAGAAUCUGGAGAUGGUAACUAUGAGGAGGCCAAGUUCAUUAAAUGAUCUGGACCGCAGCCACUCCACCAGUUACCAUGGUUACAGUCAGGACGAGAGAGAGAUGGAGUUUCUGCGGUUACAAGUCCUGGAGCAGCAACACAUCAUUGAUGACCUGUCCAAGGCUCUGGAGACAGCUGGUUAUGUGAAGAAUGUGAUUGAGAGAGACAUGUUACUGAGGUACCGGCGUCAGGAAUCGGGGAGGAGGAAACGGACCUUCAGAGCCUGCAGGGUCAUUGAGACGUUUUAUGGCUAUGAUGAAGAGGCGUCUGUGGAUUCUGAUGGCUCGUCUUUGUCCUUUCACACUGACAGAACUCCAGAUACUGAACCAGAUGAGUUAUGCGUGCAUGAGGAGGCGGAGCUUCGUUACCGUCAGCUGACUCAGGAGUACCAAGCGCUGCAGCGAGCGUAUGCUCUGUUAGCGGAGACGAGUGGCGGAAACUACGAUGCAGAGAAGGAGAUCAAGACCAGAGAGCAGCUGCUGAGUGAGAUCAGUCGAUACCAGAGCAGAGUUUCAGAUCUGGAAUCAGCGCUGAAGCAGCAAGGACUGGACCUGAAGUGGGUGGAGGAGAAGCAGGCGUUGUAUCGGAGGAAUCAGGAACUGGUGGAGAAGGUCAGGCAGAUGGAAGGUGAAGAGCUGCGACUGAAAAACGACAUCCAGGAUGCCAAAGACCAGAACGAGCUGCUGGAGUUCAGGAUCCUGGAGUUAGAGGAGAGGGAGCGGCGCUCACCCGCCAUCAAUUUCCAACAGCUCCAUUUCCCUGAAGGCCUCAGUCCUCUACAGGUUUACUGUGAGGCAGAGGGAGUCACUGUGAGUACAUCCGUCAGUACACCUGAGUGCACCUGUAAAUAUCUCUGAGGGGUGCACUGCCAGCAUAUUCAGCAUAUCCGGGCUUUCGCUGUGUUAGCUGGCUGAACUAAGCUACACUUUCACUGUUAA